AAUUGGUUUAAAGGAAACAACAUUUAUUAUUAAGAAGAACAUUUUAAUAUAUUUAAAUUCAAAAAUAAAAUCCGCAAAUAUGAGAAAAAUCAAUUCGUUGCACGCGUUUCCAGUAUUAAUCCUGGUUACUUUUGUUCAUUUGACGGAUGGAGCUAUCUUACCUGAAGGACAUACAAUUGAUUGCGAGUAUUACAAUCAGACGGAUUGCAAUAUAACUGGGAAUUGUGCCACUCAGGUGAAGCAAUGUAAAGUCGAAUCGGAUAAACUAUCCAAAUGCUUUUCAUUAUGGUCCAUAGAUGACAGAACAGGUGAUACGAAAAUAAUUAUGAAGGGUUGUUUCAUCGACGAUCAAUGUAAAGAAACCGAAUGUGUAAACACUGCCGAACCACGUCCUAAUAAUAUACACUUUUGCUGCUGUAAGGGCUCCAUGUGCAAUACAGAACAAAAGUGGAUACCCACUACAACUGAAGCAACAACGCAAGUGCCAAAGGAGAAAACUUCGGUUAAUUAUAUUAUACUUGGUGCGGGCUUAUUCGGUUUAUUACUCAUAUUAGCAGUAGCAUCUGCGUUUGCAAUACGUUAUCGGAAACGGAAGCAAUCUAAUUUUAAUGAAAUUCCUACGAACGAAACCGAAGUUACGAAUGCAUCGCCCUUAUUAAGUAAUCGCCCUAUCCAACUUCUUGAACUAAAAGCUAGUGGACGAUUUGGUGACGUAUGGCAUGCUAAACUACAUGGUCAGGAUGUAGCUGUAAAAAGAUUUCUCAUGCAGGAAAAGGAUUCAUUUACUGCGGAAACUGAAAUAUAUAAGGUAUAA